GCGCACAGAGGAGUGUAAACUCUAGCGGGGCUGGAGCAAACAUUGGAUUAGCGGCAGCAGCUUGCCAACCUGCCCGAGGAGUGCUGGGACCAGCGCGCUGCACGCCGACUGCACGAUGGCCUCGUCUCAGGGGAAAAACGAGCUGAAAUUAGCCGACUGGAUGGCAACUCUGCCGGAGAGCAUCCACAGCAUCCCCCUCACCAAUUUAGCCAUUCCAGGGUCUCAUGAUUCCUUCAGCUUCUACAUUGAUGAAGCCUCUCCAGUAGGUCCUGAACAGCCAGAAACUGUCCAGAAUUUUGUCUCUGUGUUUGGAACUGUGGCCAAAAAGCUCAUGAGGAAAUGGUUGGCCACUCAGACAAUGAAUUUUACUGGCCAGCUAGGAGCUGGAAUUCGUUAUUUUGAUCUUCGAAUUUCCACCAAGCCCAGAGACCCCGACAAUGAACUCUAUUUUGCUCAUGGUUUGUUCAGUGCCAAAGUCAAUGAAGGCCUUGAGGAGAUCAAUGCAUUCCUCACAGAUCACCAUAAGGAGGUAGUGUUCUUGGACUUCAACCACUUCUAUGGGAUGCAGAAAUAUCACCAUGAAAAACUGGUCCAAAUGCUGAAAGACAUCUAUGGAAAUAAAAUGUGCCCAGCGAUUUUUGCCCAGGAAGUUAGUUUAAAGUACCUGUGGGAGAAGGACUAUCAAGUGCUGGUCUUCUACCAUAGUCCAGUGGCUCUGGAAGUGCCCUUUCUCUGGCCCGGGCAGAUGAUGCCAGCACCCUGGGCCAACACCACAGACCCUGAGAAACUGAUCCAGUUUCUUCAAGCAUCCAUCACUGAAAGAAGAAAGAAGGGAUCGUUUUUUAUAUCUCAGGUGGUGCUGACCCCCAAAGCUAGCACUGUAGUCAAAGGGGUGGCAAGUGGCCUCAGAGAAACAAUCACAGAAAGAGCUCUUCCUGCCAUGAUGCAGUGGGUCCGCACACAGAAGCCAGGAGAGAGUGGCAUCAAUAUUGUCACUGCCGAUUUUGUAGAACUUGGUGACUUUAUCAGCACUGUCAUAAAGCUCAACUAUGUCUUUGAUGAAGGAGAAGCCAACACUUGAUAGCACCACUUGGAGUUUCCAUGAUUAAGAUGGAGAAGGCUCAUUGUAUUAGGGCAUAUUAUCUGUAAACAAUCUGAUCUUCCUAUUUCACUGAGUCUCUGAAGGGAAUAGGGCUGGUAGUGGGUGGGAAAGGGGGAAAAACUAUUUCUUCAGUGAUUACAAUCAUACUCUUCAUUACUAUAAAUAUUUCAUUUCCCAUUUGAUGCGUGAAAUCUACUUCUAGUGUUAGGAA